UCUAAUGGUCAUCUUUACAUGGAGCCCUGAAUUUGUGCAGUAAAUUCUUCGGAAAAAAGAUGCAGCCAUUUUUUUGUUUAGCAUUCUUGUUUUUACUACUUAAUUUGGUUGUAGAAGUGGCCAAUGGGUCUCUUAGACAGUUGAAGCUUUAUGAAUUUCAAAAAGGACUUGAAGAGAAAUUCCCUUCUUAUUCCUCUUUCAUCUAUACCUCAUCACCUUCACCAUCUCCAGAAGCUUCUGUUCCCAAUUACUCGAAUGCCAAAAAGAGUGAAGGAAGGGUAAUUUAUCCAAUAGGGUAUGGUGCUGAUCCAACAGGGACAAGUGAUAGCAGUGAAGCCAUAAAAGAGGCUAUUGGUGAUGCUUUGAAAUUGCAAAAUGGACUUGGUUUGCUGCCUGGUAUUAGUGAUUUGGGUGGUGCCAUUAUUGAUUUCCAAGGUGGUAAUUACAGAAUCAACAAUCCUAUAGUAUUUCCUCCUGGCGUUGGCAAUAUUGUGGUCAAAGGAGGAACAAUAAGAGCAUCCGAUACAUUUCCAGGCGAUAGGCAUCUAAUUGAGCUAUGGUCACAAGAUUCUCCUAAGCUUGAAAAAGACUACAUUUCUCACCAUGGUAACAUUUUCGAUAGGUGGGACCAAAACUUCGCGAUUCGCUACGAGGGCAUUACGUUCCGGGACAUCCUCUUCGACUCGGGCUAUCGAGGAGGAGGUUUAUAUGUCAUUGACUCAGCUAGAAUUCGUAUAACAAGUUGCUUUUUCGUUCACUUUAGUACGGAAGGAGUUCUCGUUCAGAGAGGCCACGAGACUUUUAUAUCGGACACUUUCCUAGGGCAACAUCCUACAAUUGGCGGCGAUAGAGGUGAGAGGGAUUUCUCAGGCAUAGCUAUUGAUCUUGCUAGCAAUGACAAUGCCAUUACUGAUGUUACUAUCUUUUCAUCAGCAAUUGGGAUUGUACUUAGGGGUGAGGCUAAUAUUGUUACAGGGGUACAUUGUUACAAUAAGGCAACAUAUUUUGGUGGGGUUGGGAUAUUAGUUAAAGCAUCCCAAAAUAGGAUAGAUAAUUGUUACCUUGACUAUAACUCUAUAGUCAUUGAGGACCCUUUCUUAGUUCACAUCUCAAAUGGGUAUUUUCUUGGAGAGGGUAACGUUGUCUUGAAAGCGAUUAACGGUCGAAUUUUCGGACUAAAUGUCAUUAACAACAUGUUUAGUGGAAACCCUUCAAAAAUGACACCAAUGUUGAAUUUGGAUGGAGAGUUUACUGAUAUUGAUCAAGUUGUGAUUGACCAAAAUAAUGUGAAUGGUAUGAGCUUGAAGUCAACUGCUGGAAAAUUGACUGUUGCUGGAAAUGGGACAAGUUGGGUAGCUGAUUUUUCUUCAAUUCUUGUUUUUCCUAACAAGAUAAAUCAUGUACAAUACUCAUUUUAUUGUAGAGGAGGGGUUGCUGGAUUUCCUGCACAUGCUGUAACAAAUGUAUCAAGUAAUGUUGUGGUUAUUGAGAGUGAAAAACCAGUUGAUGGAGUGGUGUCAGUUUUUGUCGACCAACAUAAUAUUGUGGGUGAAAAGAACUUUCUAAUGUAAAAAAAAAUAAAUUAUAUGGGAAAUAUUGUUUGUUGCUGUUAUUAUA